AUGUCACUCCCGCAAGCACCCAAGGAUAUUUCGACCAAGCCGAAGGCCGGUGCGGUCACUGACCCGGUCAACAAGCAACUCAAGAAUGAGGAUAUCGAUAGGAAGGUUCGCCUCUACGGCGUCAUCUCCGCCUUCCGCGAGGGCCGCAUGCCCUCGAACAAGCAGAUCGACGCCGCCUUGAAGUACACCAUCAACAACACCCCCUUCCCCGUUGAGAAGCUCUCGCCGGAGGGCAAACGUCUCGUUGAGGAUAGCCGCAGCAUCGUCGAGACCGCGCGGCUGAUUGUGCAGGAGAAGAACGCGGACGAGAUCUUCCAGGAGUUCGUUUGGAACACCCGCGACGUCGAUGUCGCGAGCAAGGCGCGCACCACGGACGCGCCUGUUGGCAAAGACCAGGUGAAGGAGGACAGCCAGACGGCCGCGCACCACCUCCGCACGCUUAUGUCGCUCAUCCUCACCAACUCUGAGGUCCGCAAGCUCCUCAGCGACUUCGGUACCAUCGGCCGCGACGUCCUCGCGAAGGGCGCCUCCGAGGCUGCCGGCAAGCUCCGCCCCAGCGAAGACGAGCUUGCCCGCGUCGAUGAGCCCGCGCCCGAGGGAGAUUUCAAGUCCCGCGAGCAGCUCGAGGAGGAGAAGCAGCGCUUGAAGGAGGCGAAGGAGCAGGCGAAGGCGACCGCGAGCCAGGCUAAGGCGUCCGCCGACCAGGCGCAGGCGCAGGCGAAGCUGUACAGCCACGACGAGCGCCCGGUGAUGAACAUGUCUGCUGGCGCGCCGGCUGACUUCGAGACUUACGAGGAGCAGACCUUCUCUUCGUCUGACUCCAGCGAGUUCUCGCCCAUCACCGAUGCCAACGGCACCCAGAAGUCGCGCGGCAUGAUGAACAAGGCGAAGGGCUUCCGCGACGGCAUGCUCGCGAAGAUCCCCGGCCAGCAUAAGGACAAGGCCCGCGAGCAGGUCGACCGCGGCAAGGACUUCAUCGACGACUACUUCCCGCAGGAGCGUCGCGACCAAUACAUCUACCGCAUGAAGAAGGUCAUCGUCGAGUGCCAAAGCCACGACGACUACCAGGAGUCGAUCACCUGGCUCCUCGACGCCAUCUCGACCUACUUCCAGCACAGCAAGGAGAUUGGCAAGCAGCACGCGAAGCACACGGCGAAGGCAUCGAAGAACGACGGGUCCCUCAACGAGGCGUGGGGCCAACUUCGCCUGCUCCUCGAGCGCUUUGCGAACGGCGUCAGUAUGGACAUCAUCUUUGACGCGGCGAACGCGCUCGCGGAGGAUGCGCGCAGUGACCCGGCGCUUGAGCAGUGGUUGGAAAACGCAAACGCGUACAUUCGCAAGUUACUCCUCCAGCCCGGCUUCGUGCUCAAGGACGAGUGCAAUGAGGAGGCCGCUGAGCUCCGCAAGACCGGUCAGGUCUUCUUCGAGGAUAAGUACAAGGGCCACUUCGACAACUUCUUCCAGUCGAUCGCCACCUUUGGCCGCGGCAUGGGCGAGGACCCGCUCAACGUUCGCUUCGGUCAGGACUGGGCGCGCCUCACCAAGGACCUCCUCUUCGACUCCGAGGGCCGCCUCGCCUUCAAGUCCGAGCUCUGGGCCGACAUCCGCCACACAAUCCUGCCCAACGUCGUUGACAAGAUCGGUUACGUUCCCAUCCCGCGCAUUGAGUACACCGACGACGCGUUCGACGUCGUCAUUGAGAACCUCGUGCUCUCGGGCCGCAACCUUUUCCCCAACAUCAUCGAGGUUCGCGCCAACAACUACUUCAAGUACAGCCCCUAUGCCAGCAUCAAGGAUGAGGGCAAGCACGAGUUCACGCUCGGCUUCAGCCAGGUGCAGGCCGACCUCCGCGACGUCGCCUUCUACUUCAGCAAGAAGUCCGGCUUCCCCACCAUCUCCGACUCCGGUCUCGCCGACAUCGUGCUCGGCGGCGAGGGCCUCAAGGCAACAGUUGUCGUCACCAACACGAAGGACAAGUCGUCGGUCCUGAAGGUCAAGUCCGUAAAGGUGAAGGUCGACAGCCUGAAGUUCAGCAUCCGCGACUCGAAGCACGACCUGCUGUACAAGACACUGAAGCCGCUGGUCAUGGGGCUGGUGAAGAAGCAGAUUCAGAAGGCGGUGGCGGACGCGAUUCGCACGGGAAUGGAGUACGUCGACGGGCAGCUCGUGAGCGUGCGCGACCGCAUGAACGAGGCGAAGGCGUCUGAGAACGAGACGCGUAUGGAUGCGCUGAAGGAGAUGGUGCAGACCAAGAAGCAGGAGGCCGAUGCGAAGAGCACCGCGACGAAGCAGAGCAACGCGCAGUUCAAGAUGCCGACAAGCAAGAAGACGUCGCUGUUGCCCACGAAGGGCCGUCCCGACGGCAUCGUCAACGGCAUGGACAAGCGCGAGGAGCUGGCCAACCGGGGCAAGAAGUGGCGCUCGGACGCGUUCACCAUCGCGUAG